ACAAAUACCAUUUUUCCCAUCUCCAAAUUUCCAAAAAACCUCUGCUAGAAAACAAUAAAACUAAAAUGAAAAAGUAAAAUAAAGCUCCAAUUUUCUUCCUUCUGACGAGCAUGUCCGGGCCUCACCCUGCCGCCGGUUCCGAAUCUCUCGGUGGAGAUAGCUCUAUGAAGCCUCCACCUCCGCAGAGACCGUUUGUCAUGGCUGACCUGAACGUUGACCCGCCUGAAGCAGAGACCGACGCUUUUCCUUCUCCGUCGUCAUCUGCUCCUAUUUCGAGCCUAGAGCACAAUUCAUCUCUGCUAGUACUGUCUGUAUGUGUAGCUGAGAAUGAGCAGAAAGUGAGUAAAACAACUAUCAUUGAACUUUGGUGUACGAUUGUUCAUUUCAGGAUAACUACUGAUGAGAAAAUUAUAGAGAAAACGAGCUUGACGGACAAAGAUGCUGAGGUAAUGGAGGUGGAGGCACCCCAGUCGAAAAGAACCGUAAAAUGCCGUUCAAAGAGCGGUAAGGUGGAGUAUCCUCCUGACAGCGGUGGAGCUGAAAUAGAUGCGGAUCAAAAUGUUCAAGGAGUUGCUUCUUCUCGUGAGGAAAAAGUUAGCAGCAUAAAAAAUGGACUCAUUCAUGUUGCAAAGAAGAUGCCAAAGAAUAUGCAUGCUCAUUUUGUACUUGGUUUGAUGUAUCAAAGAAUGGGUCAACCUCAAAAGGCUAUUUUGGCCUACGAAAAAGCAGAAGAGAUAUUGCUUCGAUCUGAAGAAGAAAUUGACCGACCAGAGUUGCUCUCUGUGGUUCAACUUCAUCAUGCACAGUGUCUAUUGUUAGAAAGCUUGGAAAAUUGCAGUUCCGAUAAAGAACUCGAACCCCAAGAACUAGAUGAGAUUUGCUCCAAGCUAAGGGAAUCGAUAGAGUCGGAUGUUAGACAAGCAUCUGUUUGGAACACGUUAGGUUUGAUACUUCUUAGAACCGGCCGCUCACAGAGUGCUAUAUCUGUAUUUUCUUCAUUGUUGGAGAUUGCCCCUGACAACUUGGAUGGCCUUGGAAAUCUUGGGAUUGCCUAUCUUCAAGGGGGGUACUUGGAAGAUUCAGAAAAGUGCCUCCAAGAUUUGCUUAUGAAGGAUCAGAACCAUCCCUUAGCUUUAAUAAACUAUGCUGCCCUACUUUUGUGUAAGUAUGGCUCAGUUACUAAAGGUGCUGGGGCUGCAGGCGCUGCUCAGAAUUCUGAGGAUCAGGUGGCAGCUGCUGAUGUUGCUAAGGAGUGUUUAUUAGCAGCCGUUAAAACUGACCCUAAAGCAGCUCAUAUUUGGACGAAUUUGGCCAAUGCAUAUUCUUUGAUGGGUGAUCACAAAAGUUCUGGAAAAUGCUUGGAAGCGGCUGGAAAGUUGGAUCCAAAUUGUUUAGCCACUCGAUAUGCUGUUGGGGUACACCGAAUAAGAGAUGCUGAAAGGUUCCAGAACCCCAACGAGCAGCUCACAUGGGCUGGAAACGAGAUGGCUUCAGUACUAAGAGAAGGAGAUUCCACAUCCACUGAGCCCAGCAUAGUGUGGGCAGGACUUGCUCUGGCCCACAAGACCCAGCACGAGAUUGCAGCAGUAUUCGAGAUGGAUUCCAACGAAUUAUCGGAAGUUAAAGAACGUGCCAUGUACAGUCUAAAGCAGGCAAUAGGAGAAGAUCCGAAUGAUGCUGUCCGGUGGCACCAAAUUGGGCUUCAUUGCCUCUGUACACAGCAGCUUAAAAUGUCACAGACAUAUCUCAAGUCGGCAGUGGCUCGUCUCAAUGACUGCGUUUACACAUGGUCAAAUCUUGGUAUCUCACUUCAGCUAUUGGAAGAGUCUUUACAAGCUGAACAAGCAUACAAACAUGCCUUAUCAAUAGCCACAUCACAACAAGCCCACACUAUAUUUACCAACCUCGGCAACUUCUACCGGCAGUUGAGAAAAUUCGAAAAUGCAAAAGCAAUGUUUAGCAAGGCUCUCGAGCUGCACCCUGGUUACGCACCCGCGUAUAAUAAUCUCGGUCUCGUGUUCGUGGCUGAGGGUUUCUUUGAAGAAGCCAAGUUUUGCUUCAACAAGGCAAUCGAAUCGGAUCCGUUUUUGGAUGCUGCCAGAUCUAACUUGACCAAAGCCGAUGGCAUGUCCAAAACGGACACGAACCUUCGUUCGUGUCGAAUGUCCGAGUAGUUUGUGUGCUACUGAAGGUAAAUAUAAUAUCUUUCAAGUAUGUUCUGUUAUGUUUUCAAUUUCAAGCAGUAUCUAUUUUACACAAAAGGGCAAAACAGUUAAAAAUUGGAUCAGUGAAACUUCCAUCCUCCAAAUUUUUGUUCUGAUGGGUGUGUAAAUUAAGUAAGCAUGAUUUUAGAGAGGAGGCAUUGGUGUGGUGGUGCAUUGUAUAGGAAAAUGAAGGGUGGGGAUUUAGAAGAAACAAACAUUUGAUUUUUCGGAUGAUAAUUUGGUAAAAAGAUUUCAAAUUAUAGUCUAGGUUAAUGAUGAUACUCGUUGGGAUUAUCAUUUUAUGAAUCUUGUGAGGGACAAUAAUUUGACUGGCUUUGAUAGAUGAUACAGAAUUGCAGAUAUUUCUUGUUACAUUUUGGUGUUUUAUUUUGUUGAAUGGAUGACAUAUAAUAUAUGAUUUGUUUUAUUUUCAUAUUUUAUUUUAUUGAAUGAAUUACAAUUGCGGAAUA